AUGAUCAUGUCGCCCUUACUGCAGGCCAUCGUGAGCGGCCUGGCCCUGUCUGGCACUGCUGUUGCUACUCGCCAUGAGAAGGUCGACCACUUGGUCGCUUCUCAGAUCCUCGAGGAUCCUUAUACCUAUGAUUUCCCUCGCCUGGGUGCCCCUGGCGCCUCGUUGUUCCCGAUGCGCCGCUGCCACGGGUUCAAGCUGGAGGAAGCUAGCGUGGACGACAUUCAAGCCCAGCUGAGCAAUGGCACUUUCACCAGUGUCGAGCUGCUGCAGUGCUAUCUCGACCGAAUUCACCAGACCCAGCCGUACUUGAACGCGAUUCUGCAGUUCAACCCCGAUGCAUUCUCCAUCGCCCAGAAGCUGGACGAGGAGCGCGCCCAUGGCAAGGUCCGUGGACCACUCCACGGUAUCCCUUUCAUUGUGAAAGACAACAUUGCCAGCAAGGACCGUAUGGAGACCACAGCCGGCUGCUGGGCUCUGCUCGGCAGUGUUGUGCCCCGCGACUCUCACGUCGUCCACGGCAUGCGCAAGGCCGGUGCUCUUCUCCUUGGAAAGGGCGCCCUGAGUGAGUGGGCUGAUAUGCGUUCGAACAACUAUUCUGAGGGAUUCACUGCUCGUGGUGGUCAAUGCCGCAGCGCUUAUAACUUCACCGUCAACCCUGGUGGCAGCAGUACCGGCCCUGGUGUGGCUGUUGGUGCUAAUCUGAUUCCCAUCGCCCUUGGAACUGAAACUGAUGGCAGUGUCAUCAACCCCGCUCAGAGAAACGCCGUUGUGGGCAUCAAGCCUACCGUCGGUCUGACUUCCCGUGCUGGUGUCAUCCCCGAGUCUCUGCAUCAGGAUACUAUUGGUACCUUUGGCAAGACCGUCCGUGAUGCAGUCUAUGCUCUCGAUGCCAUCUAUGGCGUCGACACUCGUGACAACUAUACUCUUGCUCAGAAGGGCAUGACCCCCAAGGGCGGCUAUGCUCAGUUCCUCUCGAAGAAGGAUUCUCUGAAGGGAGCUUCUUUCUGGGCUCUUGGCGAUGCUGAGCAGAUUGCCCAACUGGAGGAGCUUGUUUCUCUGAUCAAGUCUGCCGGUGCUACCAUUAUUAACGGCACCGAACUCCCCCACUACAAGCAGAUUGUCUCGCCUGAUGGCUGGAACUGGGACUACGGUACCACUCGCGGCUUCGUCAACGAGUCUGAGUACUCUUACAUCAAGGUUGAUUUCUACAACAACCUGCGCGACUAUCUUUCCGAGGUCAACAACACUGCGAUCAAGUCCGUGGAGGAUCUCGUCCAGUACAACAUCGAUAACUACGGCUCGGAGGGUGGUCUUCCCGGCAUUCACCCUGCUUUCGGCUCUGGACAGGAUGGCCUCAUCGCUUCCCUGGAGAGCAAGGGUAUCAUGAACGAAACCUACUUCUCAGCUCUUGCGUUCUGCCAGCGCACCACCCGCGAGGAGGGCAUCGACGCCGCCCUGAAGUACAAGAGCGGAACCCUGGACGGCCUCCUCGUUCCUCCCGAUGUUGCUCAGAGCAUUCAGAUUGCCGCUCAAGCCGGCUAUCCCGUUGUCACUGUGCCUGCCGGUACCGGCAGCGAGUCUGGCAUGCCAUAUGGCCUGGCCAUCAUGAACACUGCUUUCUCUGAGCCCACCCUCAUCAAGUACGCCAGCGCUAUUGAGGAUCUCCAGAAGACCUCCGGCACCAAGUGGCAGCGCACUCUCCCCGAGUGGCGCGGUUACCUGGAGCGCAACCUGCCUGUGAUCAUGUAA